AUGGAGUUUUAUUUGGAGAUUGAUCCCGUUACCUUGAAUCUCAUCAUUCUGGUAGCUAGUUAUGUUAUUUUGCUUCUGGUUUUCCUGAUCUCCUGCGUGCUCUAUGACUGCAGGGGGAAGGAUCCGAGCAAGGAAUAUGCUCCCGAGGUCCCUGCAGACACCCAGCCUCCAAUCCGGCUGGUGGUGAUGCAGCAGGGCUCCCCCAACACCCGCUGGGCAAAGGGGCUCGUCCCUGCCUACGAAAACUCCUCUGACCUGCCAGGGAAAAGGACUACUGUUGUGUUCAUGAACCACCCAGCUCCAGCGAACAGCCGCUACAAACCCACUUGCUAUGAACAUGCUGCUAACUGUUACACACAUGCAUUCCUCAUUGUUCCUGCGAUUGUGGGUAGUGCCCUUCUCCACCGGCUUUCUGAUGAUCGAUGGGAAAAGAUAACAGCAUGGAUGUAUGGCAUGGGGCUCUGUGCUCUCUUUAUUGUCUCCACAGUAUUUCAUAUCGUUUCUUGGAAAAAGAGUCACUUAAGGACCAUGGAGCAUUGCUUUCACAUGUGUGACAGAAUGAUGAUCUAUGUCUUUAUUGCGGCAUCAUAUGCACCAUGGUUAAAUCUACGUGAGCUUGGGCCUCUAGCAUCUCACAUGCGUUGGUUUAUCUGGCUGAUGGCUGCUGGAGGAACCAUUUAUGUAUUUCUCUACCAUGAAAAGUAUAAGAUUGUUGAACUCUUUUUCUAUUUAGCGAUGGGAUUUUCUCCUGCUCUGGUAGUGACAUCCAUGAGCAACACCGAUGGACUUCAGGAGGUUGCCUGGGGAGGCUUGAUAUAUUGUCUGGGUGUGGUGUUCUUCAAGAGCGAUGGAGUCAUUCCGUUUGCCCAUGCCAUCUGGCACAUAUUUGUGGCCACAGCAGCUGCUGUUCAUUACUAUGCCAUUUGGAAGUACCUUUACAGAAGUCCUGCAGACAUAAUUCGUCACUUAUGAUAUAUAUAUAAAAAAAAAAAAAUCUGCACUUGGCCUCUGUAACAGUAUUAUUUGACUUAAGGAAUUCGGGGAAAUUGGAAAAUUGCACAGAAAAUCUGCACUGACUUUGAUAGUUCUCUGAACACAAUUACUGUGAACUGAUGUUGUAUGUGUCCUGCAAUUGCCCAUCUUACGGCAAGUGCUGUAAAUAACGAAGAUACUGUACUGCAGUACCAAGAAUCCAUUCCAUGUUAGUAGAACUGGCUACCUGAUGUUUACAAAUAAAUUUUGUAUUCUAGUUUAAUUUUACAAUUUUUAACUAUGUGAAUUUUUCUAAAUUAGUGAUUCAAACGGUGAAGUCAGUGCAAUAGCAAAAAUGUAACUCUCUUGAUUUGAAAUUGGUUUCUAUCGCCUUUCCACUAGUCAUUUAUUAAACAUGAAUCACAGACAAAUAAUCUACUUUUACCACUCAUUAUCUUGGUAUAAUGUGACUUUUAUAGAAACUUUUUGUGUUUUUUGUAAACUUUAAAAGUACAUUUAUUGAACUGAAAACACACAACUGUCAUCUAUGCAGUUACUCAUGUUGCAAAAUCUUGCAAGAAAUAGUUACAUUCCACAUACUGUACUGACAAGCAAACGUUGUACCUCUUCCAAAGGUUGUAUUACAAGUGUAAUUGUAAUAACCACUUUUAUGAGCUAAAAUCUA